CAUUCCUUCUCAAUAAUAAGUCUUAUCACUACAAGACUUUCUCUCUCUCUCUCUAUCUCUCAAACCACAACACAAAGAUGAAGUAUCUGAUCCGCCGUCUCUCCCGCGUCGCCGACUCCGCUCACUACAACCUCCUCCGGUCAGAUUCCCAGCGACCAAGCCGCCGUCCCGAGUCUUUCCUCCGGUCUUCGAUGGCUCGCCGCUCAAAGAAGCAAACGUCUUGCGUUCCGCAAGGACACGUUCCUGUCUACGUGGGAGACGAGAUGGAGAGGUUCGUCGUGAGCGCGGAGCUACUUAACCACCCGGUUUUCAUCGGUUUGUUAAACCGGUCUGCUCAGGAGUAUGGUUACGAGCAAAAAGGAGUUCUGCAGAUCCCUUGCCACGUUCUUGUCUUCGAGCGCGUCAUGGAGUCUCUCCGUCUUGGAUUAACCGUGCCGAGUGACCUUCGAGAUCUAAUCGGUGACGAGACGGUUUUUUAGAGGAAUCUUUGGUAGUUAGCGAGUAAUUGAUUUGCUUGUCUUUUUGUUCGGACACGAAGUAUUACAAAGUAAUAAUUCGUCUGUGUUGAUAAUGUACAGAGAUCGAUAUGUAUUUCUUUUUUCUUUUUGAAGAUUUGUUUGUUGCAAUUUUCCUAAUUUUUUCGCCGGUUUAAUAACCGGUUUGACAUUCUUGUGAAGAUAUAUAUGGAAAUUGGU